AUGCGACCUCACGCAUUGCACGCAAUCAGCCUACCUUUAUCGCUUCGCACAACUCAAGGAUUCAGCCUGAUGACAAGUCGAAUGAUGGCGGGAUACCUCCAGCAGCCCGAGCAGUACAUCGGCUUUGUGCCGACUGUCAACAAUGCUGCCACGAACGCUACCCUCCCGGCACCUUCUGGCCUUGCCAACCCGCUUGGCGAGGUGUAUCCGGAGCUGGUCAAUGAUCCACCUGGGCACAUGCAGGCAUUCCAUGACCUGCACGCCCGAUCUAAGUGCAUUGCGUGCGGGGCUGGAUUUGACAACAACCACCAACUGGCCCAGCACGGCACGGCGGAGGGCCACCAUCCUUACGCCUGCAUCUGCAGACGCACCUUCGGCCGCCUGGACUCUCUUCGACGGCAUGUCAAUAGCCUCAGCUCGAAUUCUGGCUAUGAAUGCGACUAUUGCUCGAAGCACGACGGCAACAAUGCUUUCGCUCGACUGGACAAUCUCAAGCAGCACCUCAAGGCCUAUCACCGAUUCGAAGACAAAUUCCUGGAUACCAUUCGCCAGCGCGGUGCCCGCCAGAUCUCGGUCCAGGCUGAGACCCCCUCUCAGGCCUCUGCUGCUUGGCCCAUGGUUUCCCCGAACCCCCCUGUUGUAUUCGGACAGAGCUUCAUGCCCGGUAUGAGUUUCAAUGCUGGUCAGGAUGUCAUGUACGUCGCUGGAACAGGUCAGGACUUCAACCCUGUCCAGGGCGUUGGCCCUUUCCUUGACUUUGGCAAUGGGCAGGUAGAUGCAGUUCUUCCGGCUGAACUUGAUCCUCAGCUUGGCUCGGCUACUGGGUGCACCUUUGAUCUGCUCAAUUUCAACAACUAG